UCUUUAUCACUAUGUUUCAUACGCUCGUGUAGUGAUAAGUGCGAAAUUUAUUGUGAGUUGAUUUAUACCAGGAAUUUAUAAAAAAAAAAUGCCGAACAAUAAAAAACGGAAAAUAGAUGAUUUUAAAAAUAAAAUUAAGAGAAAAAUGAGGAAACUGGAACGAAUGUUGGAUAUAUCAAACAGUGAAAGUGACUCAUCAAAAAGUGAAGAUUCAGUCAGUUCUUCUAGCGACGAAUCCCAAGAUUCAACACAGGCUGUUAUUAAUACAAACAUGGCUGAUACAAUCGAAAAUUCUUUAGAAAAUAUUUUGGGUUCACAUCCCGAUGAAGAAACCACCAAAGGUCCAGAAAUUGCAGUAGAUUUAGCAAAACGAUGGGAGUCAGUUCUUUCUUCACGACUAGAUAAGGAUGUGAGGCAAAAACUAAUGGACAAAUGGCAGGCACCUCAAAACUGCCAAGGUUUAAAUGCUCCUAAGCUCAAUCCGGAAGUUCAGUCGAUUAUAUCAGCAACUGAUGCAAAGAAAGACAAAUUUCUACAAAACAUUCAGGACUUAAUGGGGAAAGGCAUAACCGCUCUUGUAGUUGCAAUAUCUCUCGUCCUGCCACAACGUGAGACAGUGAGCCCAGAAGCAACUCAAGCGAUGGUGGACGCAGGAAAACUUCUCACAGACAUGUUCCAUACUAUUUCCAACCACAGAAAAUAUCAAAUUAAUAAUAAUUUUAAUGUUAAUGUACAAAAAAUCAGCCAUCAACAAAAGAUCGAUAAGUACCUAUUUUGAGUAGAUUUUGCGGAGCAAUGUAAAUCUGCAAAAACGGUAGAAACGACGGCCAAAGAACUCCUAAAAAGCAGAGAACCUCAAUCCUCUACCAAUCAUUUAAACUACCAGUGACCUAUAUGCAAGAAGAGAUUGAAACCAGAGGGAAAAAAGGGAGGGGAGAACAGAAGUCAAUUCAAACAGCAAAGAAGGACCCUAAGAGAGUGGAAACAACACCCCUACAAAAAACAACCGGACUACAGGAAAUACCGGAGCAAGGAUCACCGAUAG